AUUUUAACAUACAUGUAAACACAAACUACACGGAAGAAUUUGCAAAGCAUCAAUGGAAUGCACUACUCUGUUUUUCCUCUGCUCUUGUUCAUUCUCAUUCUUGAUCAUCUCCUCUGCAAGAGACACCUUAACUGCAGAUCAAAUCAUCAGUGAUGGGGAGACCAUUGUUUCGGCUCGCGGGGAGUUUGAAAUGGGAUUUUUUAGCCCGGGAGGAAGGCCUCAGAAUCGAUAUUUUGGUAUAUGGUACAAGAAAAUCUCGAAAGGAACGGUUAUUUGGUUGGCUAACAGAGAGACUCCAGUAGCUAAUGGUUCAGGCAUUGUGAGGGUCAAUAGUAGGGGGAUUAUGGUGGGUACUAAUGAGAGUAAUAGUGUAAUUUGGUCGUCAGAUUAUUCGAGAUCAGUGAAGAAUCCUGUGGCUCAGCUGUUGGAUAAUGGAAACCUUGUUUUCAGGGAUGGAAAUGAUGAACAGAGUUUUGUUUGGCAGAGUUUUGAUCAUAUUGUGGAUACUCUUUUGCCAGGCAUGAAGUUUGGAUAUGAUUUGGUAAGUGGUAUAGACAGGUACUUUGUGCCAUGGAAAAGUGAGGAUGAUCCAGCUCCUGGUGAUUAUAUUCAUCGGAUGGAUCGUAAUGGUUAUCCACAGCUGAUUACAAGAAAAGAUUCAGUUGUUAGGUUCAGGACUGGACCAUGGGUUGGAUCACAAUUUAGUGGGAUUCCUCGUUUUGAUCAGAAUAGAAUUUACAGACCAAGUUUUGUUAUAAGUAAGACAGAGGUUUAUUAUAUUUUUGAUCUUGUAAAUGUUUCUGAUUCUGCUGUUACAAGGUUGAGAUUGACACCAGGUGGAGAAUGGUUUCGUCUGGUAUGGAAUAGAGAGAAACAAGAAUGGACACGUGUCCUGACUCUGCAAGUGACUGAUUGUGAUAGUUAUGGAUUGUGUGGUACAUAUGGUGUCUGUAAUGUUAACAAGACUCCGAGGUGUGAAUGCAUGAAGGGGUUUGAUCCAGAAAACCCUGAUGAUUGGGCAGCAGCAGACUGGUCUAAUGGUUGUUUGCGCAAUGUUCAGCUAGAAUGUGGGAAUGGAGACGGUUUCUUGAAGUAUUCUGGUGUAAAAUUGCCAGACACGCGAUGGUCAUGGUAUAACAUGAGCAUGAGCCUCUCUGAAUGUCGGACCAAGUGCUUGAAGGACUGCAAUUGUACAGCAUAUUCUAAUACGGAUGUCAGAAAUGGGGGAAGUGGAUGCUUGUUAUGGUUUGGUGGCUUACAUGAUAUCCGAGGCUACUCAGAAGAUGGACAAGAUCUUUAUGUAAGAAUGGCUGCUUCUGAGUUAGUUUACUUCCAAUCAUGGACAGAAGACAGCAAAGAUUCUAAAAGAAAGAAGACAGUGUGGUUUUUAUUGCUUCUGCUAGUACCAGCAGUAAUUCUAGGCCUCUACCUGUUGUAUAAAUUCAGGAAAAGAAGACUUCACGGAGAAGAAAUACCACAAUCAAAUUUGACAAGUGAAGCCACCAACAGAAAUGAGAGGCAAGAUUUGGAUUUACCUUUACUCGAUUUCUUACAAAUUGCAAAUGCAACUGGCAAUUUUUCCAGCAAGCUUGGCAAAGGCGGUUUUGGAACUGUAUACAAGGGGAUUUUGGAAGGGGGACAGGAAGUCGCUGUGAAGAGGCUCUCAAAGGACUCGAGACAGGGAGUUGAUGAGUUUAUGAAUGAAGUUUCAUGCAUUGCUAAACUUCAACACAGAAAUCUUGUGAGACUUCUUGGAUGCUGCAUUGAGAAAGACGAAAGGAUGUUAAUUUAUGAAUAUAUGCCUAAUAAAUGUUUAGAUUCCAUUAUUUUCGAUACAGAGAAGUGCACUUCAGUUGAUUGGCAAACGCGCUACAACAUUAUAAAUGGCACUGCAAGGGGCCUACUCUACCUUCAUCGAGAUUCUAGACUACGGAUCAUUCACAGAGAUCUCAAAGCUAGUAACAUUUUACUCGAUCAUGAGAUGAACCCAAAAAUAUCAGACUUUGGACUGGCAAGAAUUUGCGGAGGAAGUGAAACCCAAGCCAGCACAACAAGAAUAGUUGGGACAUACGGAUACAUGCCCCCUGAGUACGCAAUAGAUGGCCUGUUCUCGACUAAAUCUGAUGUAUAUAGCUUUGGUGUUUUACUCCUAGAGAUAAUAAGUGGGAAUAAAAUCAGAGGUUUUCGCCAUCCAGAUCACAACCUUAAUCUGAUUGGUCAUGCAUGGAAAAGCUACAACGAGGACAAACUUUCUGAGGCAACUGAUAAGUUGAUCUUGAAUUCAAGUAACGAGGAUGAAGUGUUUAGAGUAAUUAAAAUUGGUUUAUUGUGUGUUCAAGAAUAUCCAGAAGAUAGGCCGAACAUGUCAUCUGUGGUUCUGAUGCUGAGUAGUAAAAUUGCAUUGUCUACUCCGAAGAAGCCAGGGUUUUACUCGGAGAGAAGAGAAGCUCAUGAAACAAAUUCUUCAUCGUUGAACAACACAGACUCCUCACCCAUGAAUACCUAUACUUUCUCCUUGUUUGAGCCACGAUAGCAUGAAUAUAAAUUCGCAUCAGAUUUGUUGGCUGUUAGUGUUUUUUAAUUAAUCAUCAUGUAAAAAUGAGCUGUUGUUGGCCUAGUUUACUCCAAUCAGAAUAAAUCACAGACCGAACAAUUAAUCUU